AUGAAAGUACUUUUAAUUGGUUGUGGAUUAACUUCUACAGCUACUGCAUACUUGUUACGUGCUCGUAUUCCAAAUAUUCAUUUAACUGUGUGGGAGAAAGCCAGAGGUCCAGGUGGUCGUGCUUCAGUCCGCCGUGGCCCUAAAGGUAUAUCUGUUGAUCUUGGUGUUCAAUUCAUAACCACCGAUUCAUCUGCAUUAUCAAAAUACUCGGUGAUAUAUGAACAAUUAAUUUCUACCAAAACAUUGACUCCUAUGGAUUGUAAAAUUGAAGGGUUGUCCAAAUCAAAUAAUCAAAACAAUCACUUUAUAGCACCUAAUGGUACCAACUCUCUAGUUAAAUAUUUUUUGAAUAACGCUAAUGUAGAUUGUAUUGAAUUUGAAAGAAGAGUUAGUGCAAUUACUUCAUCAGGUAAAGUGAUAAGUAUAUGUGGAAGUGAAGAAUUUUUUGAUUUAAUUAUAAUAACAGUACCAGCACCUCAAAUUCUUCAAAUGGAGUGUCCAAUGUCUCAACUAGUCCGCAAUGAACUGGAAAAAGUUACUUACAGCACUCGCUUCACAUUUAAUAUGUUCUAUGAGAAACCUAUAAUAAAAGAAGAAUGGGAUGUAAAAUUCCUUGACGAUAAAACAUUCAGGUAUGUUUCUAUAGAUAAUCGAAAACGAGGUCAAUACGAUGCACCAGACAGUGUUAUUUUCCACACAACUAAAGAAUUUGGAGAAACACAUGUAACAGAAACAAGAGAAAGUGCAUAUCAAAUGUUAUUUGACAAAGUAAAUGAAUUGUUUCCAGACUGGCCUUCACCUGAAUUAUGUAAUGUGCAUAAAUGGUUAUACUCGCAAGUAGUUAAUUCUUAUAGCAACAGUCCAGGUUGUGUUAUACUAAAUGAAUCCAUUCCAAUUAUAGCUGGUGGAGAUUGUUUUACACAGUCAAAUUUUAAUGGUUGUUUAGAAUCGGCAUAUACAAUUUGUGAAACUAUAGAAAAUUUAAAAAUAUAG